AUGUUCGACAUCCGCUUUUUUCAUCUCGCUCUUACAGCUUUUCUUCGUGCUGAAACUCUACAAAUCACACAGUCCAAGCAUCCCCUUGGAGUAUUUGGAUCGUACGAGUUUCAUGCGGCUGGUGAUCUAUUCGUUUUGGUUUCUUUCUGUGAUGUUCAUGAUGGCAGCCAUUUUGCUGCUGUGUGUCCUGAAUCCAGCCCGAGGAACAAUCUCCAAAGGAGUGGGAUUGUCUCUGGGCGUGUCGGCGAUAUUGUUCUGUGCGAUGACGACGCUAAAGACGAUUCUCUUCUGGACAAGAUCCACAUCGUCAACGAUCGCCGUUGA